GUAUGUGGCUCCUGAGUAUGCAAUGACAGGACAUCUUCUUGUGAAGAGUGACGUUUACAGCUAUGGUGUUGUUCUCCUUGAGCUCCUAACUGGUCGAAAACCAGUAGACAUGUCACAGCUUCCUGGCCAAGAGAAUCUGGUGGCAUGGGCCCGUCCACUCCUCACAAGCAGAGAAGGUUUGGAAACAAUUAUUGAUCCUUCUCUUGGAUCUGAUGUCCCUUUUGAUAGCGUGGCCAAAGUGGCAGCUAUUGCUUCAAUGUGUGUACAACGAGAGGUACAACACCGUCCUUUCAUGGGUGAGGUUGUGCAGGCCUUAAAAUUAGUAUGCAAUGAGUGUGAUGAGGCAAAGGAAGUGGGUUCAAGAAGUUCUAGCCAUGAUACCUUGUCCAUUGAUUUGGACGAAAGGGUCAGUACAGGCUCUGGACGAUUGCCUAAUCCUUUGCAGAGCCAUUACUCGGUUCCUAACUACAAUUAUGGCAUCGACUCUGAGAGAGGACUUCCAGUAUCAGAACUAUUCAGUUCAUCUGCAAGAUUCAGUAAGGAAGAAUCCGGUUCAUUUAGGAGAUGCUUGAGUUCAGGUCCGUCAAGAACAGGAAGGGGCAAACAGUUCUGGCAAAGAGUAAGGAGAUUAUCUGCAGGUAGUGUCAGUGAACAUGGUGGUGCAUUCAGGUUAUGGCCGGGCUCAUAUUGA